GGGAUGUGUUGCUUCACUGCGUGGUCGAUGCGAUUUUGGGCGCUUUGGGGCUUCCGGACAUUGGUCAGAUCUUUCCGGAUUCUGAUCCCAAGUGGAAGGGCGCCGCCUCUUCGGUCUUCGUGAGAGAAGCUGUCCCUUGUCGCUGUCGGCAGUUGAAUUGGCGUUGUAGACAGAGACCAUUGGCCUUGCGACAGUGGCUCAUUUAUACCGCUGUAGGCGACGGGCUGUCAGAUCUUUGGACACAAGCGUUCGCCUCUCUCCCCGUCCCUCCCUCCCUCCCUCAGCCGCUGUGCUCCUGACUGUGACUAUCUCUUCCAAAUCCGUUCCCCUUCCAAAUCCAUUCCCAGUCAAACGAGAAACAACAAAUGAAGUGACACAAUCCUCUCUCUCUCGAUACUCUUCCAUUGUUCGAAGCUUCUGUCUUCUGAAAUUUUCGUAUUACAACAAACUUUCUCUGCCUCUGUCUCAAGCUGCUGCUACUGCUGCUUUGCUUCUUCUUUGCUGCUAUAAAUGUCAAUCUUUCCGACAUUAUUGUUUCGUAAAAGCGAAUAGAAGAAGCAACAGAAGAAAAGGAUGGCGUUUUGGAGCAGCGGCGGAGUAGGAGGAUUUGUCGACACCGAGCUGUCGAAGAAGACGUCCAUCUUCGGCCUUAGGCUCUGGGUGCUCCUCGGUGUCUGCGUCGGUGCCGCCAUCGUCCUCGUUCUCUUCCUCUUCUCCCUCUGCCUCUCCUCCCGCCGCCGGAGCUCUCCUGCCCUCCCCUCCUCUGCCUCCGCUCCCGCCGCCGCCGCCGCCCGCAUAAAGAAGCCCCUCAGACUCCACCUCCGCGACUCCAACCCUCCUGUCUCCAAGGACAUCCCCGAGAUCCCCUUCCACUCUCUCGCCGCCCCACUUGCUCCCGCCAUCGACGUUCGGGUGGACCUCGGGAAGGCAAACCACCGCGCCGCGCUCGCCGACCACUUCCGCCCUCCGCCGGCCCCGCCUUCGGCGUCUACGACAGGGACGGCCAGCGGGGAAACCGUCGGCACUCCGUCGUCCACCGGCGGGGGCGGCCCGCCGGAGGUGUCGCCUUUAGGUUGGGGGCGUUGGUAUACGCUGCGGGAGCUGGAGGAGGCCACCGGCGGGCUCGCCGAGGAGAAUGUGAUCGGGGAGGGAGGCUACGGUAUCGUGUACCUCGGGAAGUUGGCCGAUAACACCCUCGUCGCCAUCAAGAAUAUGCUCAACAGCAGGGGUCAAGCGGAAAAGGAAUUCAAGGUUGAGGUCGAAGCAAUCGGUCGUGUGAGGCACAAGAAUCUGGUCAGAUUGCUUGGUUACUGUGUUGAGGGGGCCUAUAGGAUGCUUGUAUACGAGUAUUUGGAUAAUGGUAAUCUUGAUCAGUGGCUUCAUGGCGACAUCGGAGAAGUGAGUCCUUUGUCAUGGGAUAUCAGAAUGAAGAUAAUACUUGGAACCGCAAAAGGCUUGGCCUAUCUUCACGAAGGACUAGAACCAAGGAUUGUACACCGUGAUGUUAAAUCUAGCAAUAUACUACUUGAUCGACAGUGGAAUCCCAAGGUAUCAGAUUUUGGGCUGGCGAAGCUCUUGUGUUCGGAGAGGAGCUAUGUCACCACUCGUGUUAUGGGCACAUUUGGGUAUGUCGCUCCAGAAUAUGCUAGCACUGGAAUGCUGAAUGAAAGAAGUGAUGUUUACAGCUUCGGAGUACUUAUCGUGGAAAUCAUAUCAGGAAGAUCUCCUGUUGAUUAUUCAAGACCUUCUGGAGAGGUGACUUUGGUUGAGUGGCUAAAGACCAUGGUUGGUGACAAGAAAUCUGAGCAAGUAGUGGAUCCUAGGAUGCCCGAGAAACCAUGUCCCAAAGCACUGAAAAGGAUGAUUCUGGUGGCCCUCCAUUGUGUGGAUCCUGAUGCACAGAAACGACCAAAAAUGGGGCAUGUCAUCCACAUGCUCGAAAUGGAUGACUUGCUAGCUCGAGAUGAUCGUAAACUUGGGCGGAGAGCAUCUCCUGCUUUAUUAUCAGACAGACGCAAUACGAGAGGAGAGGAAAACUCGAGCAAUCAUCUUCAUAGGUCAAGAUAGCUAUGACAGAUAAGAAGUAGGUGACUGAGUUUAGGUUUGCUGCAUUUGCAAGUCACAUACUUCUUCCAAUUUGGCCAUACUUUAUUGUUGCAUUCUUAAUCUGGGAUUUGAAACCUGCAAGGAGUUGAUAAUUUCUCAUGCAUUGUCUAAAAGAAAAGUUCAUUUUGUGAUUACAGUCCAUAAUUUAUUAUAAAAACAGAAGUUACACAUCAAGCCAA